CCGCGAGCAAAGUAAGCCAAAGCUUCGUAAUGAUUGCCCUUUUGUCGGCCCCAAUCCAACAAAUGACAUGGAGCCAUCAAAAGCCGUUACGUGCGAAUCGAGCGCUGCUGGUCCUAUUCUCCGCCGAUUGAUGACCCUACAUGCGUGCGCAUGUCACCCCAAUGCAUGCACCCAUGCAUGCAUCCAAUUCCUCCACCCAUUGAUACAUUCAGCGAAAAGUAGGCAGGAAUCCAAUUCGCCAUGUAACUCGCUCAUCCAUGUUAUCCACCCUCUGUCCAGUCAAAGGCCAUUCCGUCCUCCCCAAUCAGGCGGGAGAUUUGUCUUGUCCAACAUCAGUCAGCCAUCAUCAACCCUCCCUGCUACCAGCUCUCCAACCAAGUCCUGUCUGGUUAUCACUAUCCCGAGUUUGAUUGACGCUAUUAUUGCCUUCGUCAUGACCAUGAUUAACGCGGAUAUUAUCAUGUACAAUACCACUUUUUUACUGCUCUCGCAUUGCUCUGCGAAGCAAAGAGAAACAGAGGCUAAAUAUACACGUCGUUAUGCACCACUCACCCAUCCAUCCUUACGGUCGUCCUACCCAGCACCGAUCUUAUCCUCCAAUAUAUUCAUUUAUUCAUUUCGUUCUCUUUCUGGUCAUCUUACAGUUGCAGUAGGCCUAAAGGCUAUAUACCAUAUUGGGCAUGUCAUGCCAUGUCGCUGGCAGAUGGUGCCAUCUGCACUCAGUCCCUCGUCCCCCAAUCCCCAAGAACAAAAUAUCGGUUCCACACUUCGCAUUGUUGAAUCCGAGACAAGGGCCACCGCCGCAACGAUACAGCAGCAGCAGCAGCAGCAGCAGCGCGACACUGCGCCGCGCACACCGUUAAAUCAACAACCCCAUGAUAGAUAUCGUAUCCCAACCUAUCCUUCUGCUCACCCGCCCGCUCAUCCUUGCCCGACCCACCAACCAUCCGGUUCUGCCAUUCUUUUCUUUUUCCAUUCAUUCUCUAUUUUGUUCAUUUGUGUGACCUUUCAUCCCGGCCACUAAUUCGCUCGUUUCGCGGAUUAUCCCUUGCACCCUGGUCCGGUGUCCCGUCCCAACAAUUACCAGAAUCGAAGCAUGGAUUCCAUCAUCGUCGUCAUCCCAUCAUCUAUGUCAAUUACCAAGGUAGGUAAAAAGAAGGCAACUAAGAUAAUAAAGAAAUACGCAACCCACAUGUACGUCCUCGUAACCGGCACCGAGUUCGGCAAACAGCGCGCUCGGAAAACGAAAAGAAAGAAGAAAAAAAGGACAGUCAGAAUGCCCAAGACGUCGAUAGACACCCCACAGGAGGAAGUAGAACGAAAAUAAUUAAAGAAAAGAAAGAGGGACAAGCAAAUAGUGGAACUAAUUCGUAUACUACCUCGUUCAGCUGUGCACCCUGGUUGCUUCGCAAACGCUAACCUGCCAUUACCACAAUCCAUCGGUAUUUGCGGCGGCGGCGCAAGGAGACGCCAAACAAAGUAAAGACCAGUCUGUGUCUCGUCAAAUGAACCUAAUACAUAAAAACAGGAACUGGGAUUUACGCCUGGUGAUACAACAUGUUUUGUUACAAUGACUGAGCGGAGAAAAGAAAAAAAAAAGAUUAAAAGUGGUUCUUCCAUCACAACUCUGCCGCCUCCGCCUCCUCCUGCCUC